AUGAGAAAGCCAGACAGCACAGUCCCACCCACCCAUCUCUGCUCUCUGCUAACUUCUCCUGUGCCCCUCAGAUUUCUUCAGACUAUCCCAGAGGCUGAAGCUCUCUCCUCUCUUGUCCCAAGAUCUGGUUGCACAAUGAGAGUCUGGAUCUUCUUCGUCCUGUGCCUGGCUGGCAAGGCACUAGCUGCACCUCAGCAACAGGAUGCUUUGCCAGAAGAGGAAGAGGUGAUAGAAGAUGUUGUGACUGAGGAGACAGUAGUAGGAGCAAACCCCGUGCAAAUAGAAGUCGGAGAGUUUGAUGAAGCAAUAGAUGAGGAAGAGGAACCCACCACACCUGAAAACCCUUGCUUGAACCACCACUGCAAGCAUGGCAAAGUGUGUGAAGUAGAUGAGAACAACACUCCAAUGUGUGUGUGCCAAGAUCCAUCAACCUGCCCUGCAAGUGUAGGCGAGUUUGAGAAGGUCUGUGCUACAGACAACAAGACCUAUGACUCUUCCUGCCACUUCUUUGCCACCAAAUGUACCCUGGAAGGAACAAAGAAAGGACACAAACUGCAUUUGGAUUACAUUGGACCAUGCAAAUACAUUCCUCCCUGUGUGGACUCUGAGCUGAACGAAUUCCCUCUGCGCAUGCGUGACUGGCUUAAGAAUGUCCUAGUCAGCCUCUAUGAGCGUGAUGACGAGAACAAUUUACUCAAUGAGAAACAGAAGAUAAGGGUGAAGAAGAUCCAUGAGAACGAGAAGCGUCUUGAAGCUGGAGAACACUCUGUUGAGCUCCUGGCACGUGACUUUGAGAAGAACUAUAAUAUGUACAUCUUCCCCGUGCACUGGCAAUUUGGACAACUGGACCAGCACCCCAUUGAUGGAUACCUUUCCCACACUGAGCUGUCUCCUCUCCGUGCUCCUCUUAUCCCCAUGGAACACUGCACCACUCGUUUCUUUGAGGAAUGCGAUGUCGACAAUGACAAAUACAUUGCUUUGGAUGAAUGGGCCAAGUGCUUUGGAAUCAAGGAGCAGGACGUGGAUCAGAACAUGAUUGUCUAAGCGAAAUCAAUGGAUUUUUGUCUCAUCAGAAAUUAUUUGUGUAAUAUUUUAUUUUGUAUCUCCUCUUUCACAUUUUAGUUUGUAAAUUUGUCUCUCGGGGGUUGGGCAGCAAAAAAAAAUAAAAAAUGGUGCUAACUUUAGAACAGAUUCUAUUAACGGUGCUGAGACCAACACAACAAGACGCCGUAGCGCAUGGAGGAGAUGACAGCGUGUCACCACUAGCUCAGAAAUCCAUUGUUUGACCAGAUUAAAUUUCUCUUUCUUUCACUCUUUUCUAAUGUUUCCAUCUGUCCAACUCCUGACUUCCACCUAUUUCCUCUCUUCCUAAGAACAAAGAUGAAUAGAGCAGCUUACAGUGCUUGCUUCAAACCUCUUGUUGCCUAUGUUCUCAUAUCUCGUUAUUUUCUAUGGCUACACUAAACAGAGUGUUAAAGCAGGACUUUAACCCCUUCUCUGCUGGAGUAGCCCCCCAAGUUUUCCCGAGAUACUCUAGCAAUGGAGGGGUUAACCCCUGACCGGUACGCAGGGGUGGGCGGGUGGUGGUAUUUGAUAUUCAACGGGGCGGAGGUUUCAUCAAGCACAAGACUGGUUCGCCUGGAAUGUCAAUGUUGAUUUAGAGAGUUUGGCGUAAAAAUCAAAACUGAGGCUCCUCAAAGAAUAAAACAUUGAAAAGUAUUUCUUCCUCAUAUUUUGCAUUCACUGAAACUGCUUCUUGUCACAUGCUUUAAUGUAUAGAUUAAAAUAAAAUAUCAUCAUUA